AUGUAUAUCUACUUAAAGAAGAGAAGCUCCACAAAGUUACGAGGGAAACAUGAUGUAAAAUAUGGUAACAAAACUGGAUAUUUGUUACAUCUGUCCAAGCUCACCAGUUCAAGCUUCUCGUUCGCAAGUUUUCAUUCGUGCAUCUUCAACCAUGCGUAUUUUCACCUCUCUGUUCAACCACAUUUCAUUUUCAUUCACUGCCUCGCGUCUUCUUUGUUUUCUCUCGAGAGCGCCUCUCAACCAUCCACAGGAAGCUUCGAAGGAGUUCAAGUCGAGCCCGCGUCGCUCUUUUGGUCAUCUCCUUGGAGGCUCUUCCAUGAAGCACGAUGGAGCAUGCUACCAGAGAUAAAUGCAAUGUGGUUAUUGGCCAAUAACCUUAAAGGGAAGAUGCAAUGUGGUGAAGUUGUUAUCACGGUGAUGGAGUGCAACGACAAUAUCAAUCCAAGAUGAACAAAAUCCUUAGUGAUUAUUAGGAAAUUAUAGACUUGUCAUUCUAUGUUGUUUGACAUGUUAUUAAUUGUAGAAUUUAUAUUGUUUAACAUCUUAGGAACAGUACAAUCUAUUUAUGAAUAUUAGACAUUUUGUAAACUUAUUUGAUAAUGAUUUUUAAGUAAUA